CCAUUGGUUGAAGAGAAAGGGCUGUAACUUGCCGCCAAUGGCACAGACUCACGUUCGCGCCGCGGCGCGACUAUAAAGAGGGCAGCUGCGGGCGACUCAGCUCAGAUCAAGGUCUGAGCGGAGGUUUCCUGUCCAUCAUGUCUGGACGCGGCAAGCAGGGCGGCAAGGCGCGCGCCAAGGCCAAGACGCGGUCCUCGCGGGCCGGGCUGCAGUUCCCCGUGGGCCGCGUGCACCGGCUGCUCCGCAAGGGCAACUACGCCGAGCGCGUCGGCGCGGGCGCGCCCGUGUACCUGGCGGCGGUGCUGGAGUACCUGACGGCCGAGAUCCUGGAGCUGGCGGGCAACGCGGCGCGCGACAACAAGAAGACGCGCAUCAUCCCGCGCCACCUGCAGCUGGCCAUCCGCAACGACGAGGAGCUCAACAAGCUGCUGGGCAAGGUGACCAUCGCGCAGGGCGGCGUGCUGCCCAACAUCCAGGCCGUGCUGCUGCCCAAGAAGACCGAGAGCCACCACAAGGCCAAGGGCAAGUAAAGGAACAAAUCGCAACAUCCAAAACCAAAGGCUCUUUUCAGAGCCACCCACACUUUCACUAAAGAGCUUGCCGUUGCCAUGUUGGAGCAGCUACCUGAGAAUGUUCCCUUGACUGACAAUUACUGGAGGUGUCAGUAUGUUAACACCCCAGAAACAAAACACUAGCCAUACAUUCAAAACAAAUGUAAAAGGAACACAAUGGUUUGUGUCAGGUGAUUAAGCAAUUGGUGCAACACGCCCUGGGGCUCAAGUGCCUCAGGACGGAAAGUGAAGUGCUCUGCAGGCUCAGCCAUUCUUUUCUGGUAAAGAGCUUAGCACUUGUAUUUGUAUUAGAAAGUGAGUCAUCGGCCCAAUGGAGUCACAGUUCCCCAUUGAAAGCAAAACAUUGUCAAAAACUGCAUGAAGAAAUGUGUAUCCAUCCACAUGUGUUCCUGAAUUUUAAAAAAACACCUUACUUUCCACCCCAAUACAGAUUCUUACAAUAAAGAUGUUGGCCACAAUGUAUAACAAUGAGAGAC